UUCACUGUUUACACGCGGAGCGGCUGGAGCUUUCGGCCUCAGUCAGGCGCUCGGCUCCGUUUCGGUUUCACUUCCGGUGAACGGCCGCCUCUGAGCGGGCGUUGAGCCGACGGCGAGCGCAGGCGGAGGCAGUGACCGCGGCGCCGCUACCGGGGGGCGUGCGGUAGCGCGGCGGCUGGGCCUCGAGCGCCCGCAGCCCACCUCUCGGGGGCGGGCUCCCGGCGCCAGCAGGGCUGUCGAGAAGAUGGAGGAGCUGGUGGUGGAAGUGCGGGGCUCCAAUGGCGCUUUCUACAAGGCUUUUGUAAAGGAUGUUCAUGAAGAUUCAAUAACAGUUGCAUUUGAAAACAACUGGCAGCCAGAGAGGCAGAUUCCAUUCCACGAUGUGAGAUUCCCACCACCUGUAGGUUAUAAUAAAGAUAUAAAUGAAAGUGAUGAAGUGGAGGUUUAUUCCAGAGCAAAUGAGAAAGAACCUUGCUGUUGGUGGUUAGCUAAAGUGAGGAUGAUAAAGGGUGAGUUUUACGUGAUAGAAUAUGCAGCAUGUGAUGCUACCUACAAUGAAAUCGUCACAGUUGAACGUCUUCGAUCAGUGAAUCCCAACAAACCUGCCACAAAAGAUACUUUCCACAAAAUCAAACUGGACGUGCCAGAAGAUUUACGACAGAUGUGUGCCAAAGAAUCGGCACACAAGGACUUUAAAAAGGCAGUUGGCGCCUUCUCUGUAACUUAUGAUCCAGAAAAUUUUCAGCUUGUCGUUUUGUCUAUCAGUGAAGUCACCUCAAAGCGAGCACACAUGCUGAUUGACAUGCACUUUCGGAGUCUGCGCACUAAGCUGUCCCUGAUACUGAGAAAUGAAGAAGCCAGCAAGCAGCUUGAGAGUUCAAGGCAGCUUGCCUCAAGAUUUCAUGAACAAUUUAUCGUUCGAGAAGAUCUGAUGGGUCUAGCUAUUGGUACUCAUGGUGCUAAUAUUCAGCAAGCUAGAAAAGUACCUGGGGUCACUGCAAUCGAUCUAGAUGAAGAUACCUGCACAUUUCAUAUUUAUGGAGAGGAUCAGGAUGCAGUGAAAAAGGCUAGAAGCUUCCUUGAAUUUGCUGAAGAUGUCAUACAAGUUCCUAGGAACUUAGUAGGCAAAGUAAUAGGAAAAAAUGGAAAACUGAUUCAGGAGAUUGUGGACAAGUCAGGUGUUGUGAGGGUGAGAAUUGAGGCCGAAAAUGAGAAAAAUGUUCCACAAGAGGAGGAAAUUAUGCCACCAAAUUCCCUACCUUCCAGUAGCUCAAGGGUUGGACCUACUCCCUCGGAAGAAAAAAAACAUAUAGAUAUAAAGGAAAACAGCGCACAUUUUUCUCAACCUAACAGCACAAAAGUCCAGAGGGUGUUAGUGGUUUCAUCAAUUGUAGCAGGGGAAUCCCAGAAACCUGAACUCAAGGCUUGGCAGGGUAUGGUACCAUUUGUUUUUGUGGGAACAAAGGACAGCAUCGCUAAUGCCACUGUUCUUUUGGAUUAUCAUCUGAACUAUUUAAAGGAAGUAGACCAGUUGCGUUUGGAGAGAUUACAAAUUGAUGAGCAGUUGCGACAGAUUGGAGCUAGUUCUAGACCACCACCAAAUCGUACAGAUAAGGAAAAAGGCUAUGUGACUGAUGAUGGUCAAGGAAUGGGUCGAGGUAGUAGACCUUACAGAAAUAGGGGGCACGGCAGACGCGGUCCUGGAUAUACUUCAGGAACUAAUUCUGAAGCAUCAAAUGCUUCUGAAACAGAAUCUGACCACAGAGACGAACUCAGUGAUUGGUCAUUAGCUCCAACAGAGGAAGAGAGGGAGAACUUUCUGCGCAGAGGAGACGGGCGCCGGCGCGGCGGUGGAGGACGAGGACAGGGAGGAAGGGGACGCGGAGGCGGCUUCAAAGGAAACGAUGAUCACUCCCGAACAGAUAAUCGUCCGCGUAAUCCCAGAGAGGCCAAAGGGAGAACAACAGAUGGAUCCCUCCAGAUCAGAGUUGACUGCAAUAAUGAAAGGAGUGUCCACACUAAAACAUUACAGAAUACCUCCAGUGAAGGUACUCGGCUGCGCACGGGUAAAGAUCGGAGCCAGAAGAAGGAGAAGCCAGACAGCGUGGAUGGCCAGCAGCCACUUGUGAACGGAGUACCCUAAACUGCAGAAUGCCGAAGUUACAUUUCCUAUACCAUUUCCGUCAUUCUUAUUCCAUAUUAGAAAACUUUGUUAGGCCAAAGACAAAUAGUAGGCAAGAUGGCACAGGGCAUGAAAUGAACACAAAUUCUGUUGAAGAAUUUUAUUUUUUUGGUAUUGGCCAUAAGCAACAAUUUUCAGAUUUGCACAAAAAGGUACCUUGAAAUUUUGGAGCACUGCUUUUAAGUAUACUUACCACUUCAGGACAGGGUUUUUGUUGGGUUUAUUUUUUAAAGUACCGAGAAGUGAUAAUUCUUUGUUCAUUUGGAUCAUUUUCCUGUGUUGGGUGAUAAUUCACUGGUACAUUUCAGUUUUUCGUUGUUAUUUUUCUUGUUUUGUUUUUUUUGUCCUUUAAUAAAUAGCACUUCUAGUUAUCAUAUUAAUUAGACUUCUGUUUUCAGUCUCAUGCAAAUACUGUCAUUUCAUGUCCUGUGUGAGUUUAUGUUUUGGUCCACUUUUUCAGUAUUUUAGUGGACCCUGAGAUGUGUGUGAUGUGACGUUUGUCAUUUUCAUUAGCAAAAAAAACAAAAGUUGUAUGAUCUGUGCCUUUUUUAUAUCUUGGCAGGUAGGAUUAUUAUAUUUGGAUGCAGAGUUCAGGGAAGAUAACUUGGAAACACUAAAUGUUAAAGAUGUAGCAGACCCUGUCAAACAUUAGUACUUUCUAGAAGAAUAUGCAUGCUUUCCAUAUUUUUUUCCUUGCAUAAACAUCAGGUUAGGCAGUAUAAAGAAUAGGACUUGUUUUUGUUUAUGUUUUGUUGCACUGAAGUUUGACAAAUAGUGUUAUUGAGAGGGAUGUGUCAUUUUCUGUAUCGACAGGAGAAGACGUAACGAUCUUUUCAUUUGAGAGAGGCUAAAAUGCUUUCAGCUAGGAACAAACCUUUGUGGUCGAAAGUUGGUAGGGCAUGCCUGCUCUUUGGCCUGAUGACCAGUUUUAACUUAGAGCCUUUUUUAUUUUGUCGUCCCCCCUGUUUUGUGAAUGUUUUCAUAUUUUAAUUUGAUGCUUCUUUCGGGGAUAUAGAAAGGUCAUUUCCAUUUGUGCAUAAUAAUCCUGUGAAGUACAGGUACUUUGUCUAAGAAAUACUGGAGGCAGGUUAAAUGUUUUGUAAACUUUGAAAUAUUAGGUCUAAUGUAUAAGCAGAAUUGGAACGCAGACUAGGAUUGGUUAACAAUACUUUUUUUUCUUUAGCUUUUUUUCUUUCUUUUUUUUUUUUGGAUGUGUUGGGUUUAGGUUUUAUUUUUGAGCUUUUUUUUUUUAAUGAAAUUUACUGAGGAAAAAUAUGUGAAGGACCUUCGCUCUAAGAUGUUAUAUUUUUCUUAAAAAAUAACUCCAAGUCGGGGUACCACUGAAUCUGUACAGAGCCGUACAAACCGAAGUUCUGCCUCUGAUGUAUUUUGUGAGUUUGUUUCUUUGAAUUUUCAUUUUCCAGUUACUUUUCCUUGCAUACAAAUAAGCAUAUAAAAAUGGCAACAAACUGCACAUGAUUUCAAGAAUAUUAAAAAGUCUUUUAAAAGUAUUGCCAAACAUUAAUGUUGAUUUCUAGUUAUUUAUUCUGGGAAUGUAUAGUAUUUGAAAACAGAAAUUGGUACCUUGCACACAUCAUCUGUAAGCUGUUUGGUUUAAAAUACUGUAGAUAAUUAACCAAGGUAGAAUGACCUUGUAAUGUAACUGCUCUUGGGCAAUAUUCUCUGUACAUAUUAGCAACAACAGAUUUUAUGUUGACAUUUGUUUGGUUAUAGUGCAAUAUAUUUUGUAUGCAAGCAGUUUCAAUAAAGUUUGAUCUUUCUCUGCUAAAUUGAUGUUGAUGCAAUCCUUACAAAUGAUUGCUUUUAAAAUUUUAAGAUAGGAAAAGAAAUCUCUAGAAAGUGUUCUGUUACAAAAUGUAACUGUUACCGCUGGAAAUUUCACGUUAUCGGAAGUUAGCCGUUAUCUACCAACUUGCAAGGACUUGAUCUUAUUUAGUAAGGAGAAAAAAAACAACAAAAUGGUACAAAAGCCUCAUUGUGCCAUUAUAAUAUACAGAAAGCCUCUUUACAGAGGCCGAGUUCGGCAAGGCGCUAGCUUAAUUUGUGAAUUACUAACUUCUAAAACUGUAAUUUGAUUCACAUGUUUUCAAAUGGAGUUGGAGUUGAUUCAUAAUACAAUAUUUGUGUGCUAAACGUGUAUGUUUUUCAGUUCCAAGUCAUGAUGUUUUUAAAAAUCUUAUUAAAGUUUCAAAACUCUGAAGAUUGUUUAUCUAGAUGUAAAUUUGUAUUAAAAAGUUGCACUUAUGAAAAAGCAAAA